UAAAAUCAAGCUCUACCCUCUGGUUCCGGCGUUCUCCUGCUGCUGCAGCUGCUUCACCAUAAAACCAAACUAUCCUUGGCUUCUGUACGGGACCCUUCACUCUCCCUCGAUAAUGGCUUCCAUUUCUUUUCUUCGCCUUUCUCCUAUCACCUCUCCCAAAACCCUACCCAAGCCCUACCCUUUUUCUUCCUUUUUACCUCCUUUACCUCUCUCACUCAAAUCGCCUUCUCCAACCUUUCCCCCUCUAAAGCCCACCGUUACCCGCAUGUCUUACAAUCCCACUCCAGCUACUGAACGCUUAAUCUCUGCUGUUGCUUACACUCUCCCCUUUUUCAACUCUCUCCAAUAUGGCCGCUUCCUUUUUGCUCAAUACCCAUCUCUCGGUCUUCUCUUUGACCCCAUUGUUCCUCUCUUAAACCUCUAUAGAUCAAUUCCAUAUGCUAGUUUUGUUGCCUUUUUCGCUCUUUAUUUGGGUGUUGUUAGAAACCCAAGCUUUAGCCAGUAUGUCAGGUUCAAUGCUAUGCAAGCUGUCACUUUAGAUGUACUCUUGGUGGUGCCCUUGCUUUUGGCCCGAAUCUUCAAUCCAGGUCGGAGCGGAUUAGGGUUUAAGCUCAUGGUUUGGGGUCACAAUGCUGUUUUUUUGUUCAGUUGUUUCUGCUUUGUGUAUGGGUUGGUCAGUUCUGUUCUGGGUAAGACUCCUUAUUUGCCCUUUGUUGCUGAAGCUGCUGGUAGGCAAGUCUAGGCUCCAGGCACCUCUAAGGUACAAGUAGAUUGAGGCUGGGUUGGGGAGAGUUUCGUAGUAGGAGUGUUUCUUCUGGGGCUUUGACUUGUAAGUAACCUGAGCUUUUGUAGAACUUAUGUCCUCAUGGAGUUCCUUUACAAGGUGUUUUACCUCUUAAUUCUGUUGCUUUCAUUUACAUAUAAUAAUUUUAAUGGAAUUCUUUAUGAGCAA